UAUAUAUAGAUAGAUAGCUAGAUAGAGGACCAUUUAUUCUUCUAAUUGUUAUAGAGCUUGACAGCAUUAUUUAACUCGAGGUAUUGAGAAUAUCAUAAUAUUGGACAUAACUGCAUACUGGUCAAAUUAUUUAUAAUGUAUAUUUUAUUUUUUUUCUGGCGUUCUCCUGCCUGGAUUAAUUGAUCAUAUUGAAUAUGCAGCAUGUUCUAGAAGAAGUUGUAAAUUAAUGUCAUGACGGCAGAUACACCUCUGUGUGCUGUGCUCCAGUUCUUUCCUGACAGGUUCUGAGUGAUGCCACGACUAUACCCCAUCCACCCAGAGCAAUCAGGCUGAGCUGGUAUAAUAGAUAUAGAAGGGCCUUCUUACCAUAGGGACGACUUGCUGCUUGGCCUGCUGAAACACUGUCUCUUAAUCAAAUUGAACCUCCUAAGUGAUUAACUUGACCCAUGUCUGUGGGCCGCGGCACCCCAAUCUAUUUUUUGUCAGGGCUGUGUUUGGCAGUAUCUCGGCACAGGUUGAAAUAAUGCGGUUUAAUUCUACUGAUUAUCUUUUUCAAUCCACUGUAUAUAAAGACUUUUUUUUUAGGCAUUUGCAAGUUGUAAGCGGAUAAUCAGCUAAGGGCACUGUAUUCACUGGACAUAGAUCCUACAAAAUUCAACCCAGUUUGACAUUUUAGGAAUAUAAAGAGGUUGUUUGACCCAUCAUUUUCAAGUCCAUCACUGUUGGCCAGAGGGCUGUAUCUUAUUGUUUCAUUAAUAUAAAACAAAGGUUAAGGUUCAUUGUCUGCUGGUAAUGACUGCUGUGGAGGAUAUUAAUGCUUUUACUAAACAAGCAAAUGUUUUUUUUGUGUGUGUUUUGAAGACAUUUGAAGUGUGUUUUUGUUAUAUGUUGGGUGUAAUCGCUUAGGCUACUUGAAAUGUAUGUUGCUGUUCUUAAAGUGAUUUUCAAGAUUAGUCCCCUUUUUAGCUUUUCGAGGGCGUCUACCUUUGGGAUAAUGACCACUACAGGAAACCUGAUUGGCUGAAAUGAUCUGUGAUAUUUCCAGCAAACUGUGUGUUGGCUGUCAGAAUGGUUUCCUUUUUUUUUUUCCUCAAAAAGGUUGGAGUAGUAAAGCAUGUUUUUUCUAGAACUAAUUAAACUGUGAGCAUAAGAAACUUAUUUCUUAUGUAUCAGCCAUCACAGUUGUAAAUAGGCUGUGCUAGCUCGUAACUCUGAUUUUAUGAUCUUUAAGAUUUACAGCAUGUACAACUUACCUGACAGUACUGAACUGAAUAGCCUGUAUUGAUGUUUCACUCUUUUUUGACCAUUGAUAAAUGCAUUUCUAUUUUUGAUUGCUUAAAAAAAAAAAAAAAAUCCUGCCUAGCUACAGUAGAAUGAUUGAUUUUCCCGUUUUUUUUUGCAUCUGUAACAGACUUGGCUGUGGGUGUCUGGCCCUCUUUGCCUUUACUGUGCAGAAAGACUUUACAGGUACUUUCGAAAUAGUCGACCAGUCACCAUUGUGUCUGUGACUAGCCUCCCCUGUGAUGUCAUCGAGGUGCGCAUGGUAAAGAAAGACUUCACGGCCCGGCCCGGCCAGUACGUAGUUUUACAGUGUUCAAGUAUAUCAACCUUUGAGAGUCAUCCAUUCACUCUUACAGUGUGUCCGACUGAAAAGAGAGCAACCUUCGGGGUCCAUCUUCGAGUGCUUGGAGACUGGACGAGACAAUUUAAGGAGCUGUUGCUUUCAAAAUCGAGCCCGGACUCUGAGAUCCUGCCUAUUGUCCAGCAAAGACGAUAUCCCACGCUGUAUGUAGAUGGGCCGUUUGGGAGUCCAUCUGAAGAAGUCUUUAACUAUGAAGUCAGCCUGUGUGUCGCUGGCGGUAUAGGAGUCACCCCUUUUGCUUCUGUACUUCACGCACUACUAGAUGAAUGGAGGCAUUUUAAACUCAGGAGGCUAUAUUUUGUCUGGGUUUGCAGGGAAAUCCAGUCCUUCUACUGGUUUGCUGAUCUGCUGUGUGCUCUGCAUCAGAAGCUUUGGCAGGAGAAUCGUCCAGACUAUUUAAACAUCAAGCUGUACCUCAGUCGUACAGAUGGGAUACAGAAUCUCAUUGGUGAGAGGUAUCGGGCACUGAACUCGAGGCUUAUCAUAGGAAGACCUCGAUGGAAACUUCUUUUUGAAGAAAUCUCAAAGUGCAAUAGACAGAAAAAUGUAGGUGUAUUUUGCUGUGGGCCAAAAGAAAUCUCCAAGACCUUACACAAACUCAGUAACAGCACCAGCAACUCUGGGACAACAUUUGAAUACAACAAAGAGUCAUUCAGCUGAACAUGCCUUAAUGAAGUGCAAUUAUUAAGUGGACUGCGAACCAAGAAAGGUCAGCCUUAUCUUUCAUGCCACAGAAAAAUAAAACUGGUUCUUGGAGGGAGAAGAGAUAGGACCAUUAUAAAUGAACAUCUGCUGAUGUGGGUGCAAAUCGAAAUUCAACUGGCAUGUAUUUAAACUUGUAUAGUAUUCGCUUUUUGCAAAAAAAUUUUUUUUUACAUGUGUAUUUUAUUUAUUACAUUUUAAAUGUGAGAUAUCUGUUUUUAUUUUUUGUUUUUUAGGAUUGGUGUAUCAUGUAAGCGUUUAAUAUAGCUUUUGAUAUGGACACACAUUUUAUAAUACAAAAAGAUGGUCUUGAAUUGUAAUUUUUUUGCUGAUGCCAAAUACAGUGAUCUGCAGCAGACCUCUUUAUUCUUUCAUUUGCUAAUUGGCUUUUUUUUUAUCCCAUGAGUGAAAAAACAUACAUUUUACCUUGUAGGGCUUUCACUAUAGCUGGAUUAAUAACAGCUAACGUUGUAUUAAAACCAUUUGUUUUUGCUAAAAUCAAUGACAUGCUGAAGUGUGUGUGUGUGUGCUGCAUUUUUCAUGUGUGUGGGUGGUUAUUUUUCCUGGGAGAAAUGUUCAGUUUUAGUUUUGCACUUUUCAAAAAUGGUGAUACUAGAUGAGUGAUAAUGUGGUGCAUAAGCAUGAAUAAAUUCAGGAUUUCUGUUUCU